UCUCAAAUCAAAAAAAAAAUUAACUCAGAUCUCACGAUUUGAGCAGAAAACGCAAUGAGGACACCGACGACGCUUCUCCUUCUUGUCGGAGCUAUCCUCUUCUCCGGCGCCGGCCAUGUCAGAUCUGACGCCUCCGACCACCGUUACAAGGAAGGAGACACCGUUCCUCUCUACGCCAACAAGGUCGGCCCAUUUCACAAUCCAAGUGAGACGUAUCGGUAUUUUGAUCUUCCCUUCUGUAUCCCAGUUUGAGAUUCUAUACAACAAGGACCGUGUGAUUGAGAUCAGUGCCAGGAUGGAUCCUCAUUCGCUUGUGGAUCUCACUGAGGACAAGGAAGUUGAUGCAGAGUUUAUGUACAAUGUGAAGUGGAAGGAAACCGAGACUCCUUUUGAGAAAAGAAUGGAGAAGUACUCUAUGUCUUCUUCUCUUCCACAUCACUUGGAAAUCCACUGGUUCUCCAUUAUUAACUCAUGUGUCACUGUCCUUCUUUUGGCUGGAUUCCUUGCAACUAUCUUAAUGCGAGUCCUCAAGAAUGAUUUCAUGAAGUAUGCUCAAGAUGAGGAAGCUGCUGAUGAUCAAGAGGAAACUGGAUGGAAGUACAUUCAUAGCGAUGUGUUUCGGUUCCCUACUCACAAUUCUUUAUUCGCCGCAUCCCUCGGUAGUGGCACUCAAUUGUUCACGCUCACCAUAUUUAUUUUCAUGCUUGCUCUUGUUGGAGUGUUCUACCCAUACAACCGAGGAGCACUCUUUACCGCUUUGGUGGUCAUUUACGCUCUCACUUCUGGAAUUGCCGGAUACACAUCCGCCUCUUUCUACUGCCAACUUGAAGAAAAAAGCUGGGUGAGGAACUUGUUACUCACAGGAUGUCUCUUCUGUGGCCCAUUAUUCCUAACCUUUUGCUUCCUUAACACCGUAGCCAUCACCUACACUGCAACUGCUGCAUUACCCUUUGGAACCAUUGUGGUGAUCGUCCUUAUAUGGACUCUAGUCACAUCGCCUUUACUCGUCUUGGGUGGUAUUGCGGGUAAAAACAGCAAAGCGGAGUUCCAAGCACCAUGCCGUACAACCAAAUAUCCCCGUGAGAUUCCACCACUCCCUUGGUACAGAAGUGCUAUUCCUCAGAUGGCCAUGGCUGGUUUUCUUCCUUUCAGUGCCAUCUAUAUCGAGCUUUACUACAUUUUCGCUAGUGUCUGGGGUCACCGGAUCUACACCAUCUACAUCAUCCUCUUCAUCGUCUUCAUCAUUCUCAUCAUAGUCACUGCUUUUAUAACCGUUGCCUUGACUUACUUCCAACUCGCUGCUGAAGAUCACCAAUGGUGGUGGAGAUCAUUCAUUUGUGGUGGAUCGACCGGUUUGUUUAUAUACGCAUACUGCUUAUACUAUUACUAUGCACGAUCAGACAUGUCGGGUUUUAUGCAAACCUCGUUUUUCUUCGGAUACAAGGCUUGCAUUUGCUACGGACUCUUCUUAAUGCUGGGAACAGUCGGCUUCUGUGGAGCCCUCCUCUUCGUCCGUCACAUUUAUCGGUCGAUCAAAUGCGAGUAAGAAGGUCUGUACACCAAUCUUUUCACGUUGGUUUUCUUCUGCUUCUGGCUCCUUACGAAUUUUGCUAGAACAAAGAAGAUAAAGAGAUAGGUUGUUAGAAAGAAGAGAGACACAAGACAAUGUCUGAUUAUUUUCUUAAAAACAUCUCUUCUCAUUAGAGGUUUUUAGCGGAGAGUCUCUCUUCUUCUCUUUAUUUUGGGCUACAGAAAUUAAAUUACUUGUAUCCUUUUCUAUAUAUUUUACGUAUUAUAAUAGACUAUCAAUACCUUUGAAUUCGAGUUUCUUUGUAUCUAAUAAAUUUCAAAA